CUGUAAUCUGGAAGAUAAUUGAUAAAAAACGUGUGAGUUCAUAAUAAGAAUCAAAAUAAGUUUAACUAAUUUAUAAUGAAUUACUCACAAAAUGAGGUAAAAUCCAAAUUAGUGUCACCGAAUUAUUCAUUGAAUGAUCGAAAGUUACUCAAUGAAAUCGUCCAAACGAAUAACAAUGAUAAUGACAAUCAUCAACAAGCAAACCAAACACCACUGGAGCUGUCAUCUUCAAAUGGCGAUAAUAUAAUAAAUCAAGAACCAUGGGAUAAUGUUUAUAAAUUGUUGCAGCAAUUGAAUGAUCUUCGAGAAGCCAAUUCCAAGUUACAAAAGAAAGUACAAUUCUUGGAGGGAAUGAAACUGUUGACCAAGUUACAUCAAGAUAUUCGUGAUGAUCCAGAAUUUUCAGAAUUUUUCAGCGAAUUUUUUCGUCAGAAAUACCACUCGCUGGAAGAUAGAGGAGAUACUGAAGCUGCAUCAGAUGAUGGAGUUUUCAUCAAUUUGGAAAAUACAAAUAAAGUUAGUGCUUCUAAAACAACCGAUGAAAGUGAAAUCAAACCAAGUGCUAAUAGAACGACUAGAGAGCUACGUAUGAGUACAUUGGCGCGCGAAAGAUCCAAAUCAGUAGGGCAUGAAGAGAUAUUAAAUCAAGGUGAAAGAGCCAAAGUGAUCAAAUCCAAAAGAUUUCCAAGAUGGUCAAGAGUGAAAACAGCGUUGGGUUGGGAUAAGACGAGUCAAGCAAAUGCUCCAGUUUCAUUAGUUGAAAAAAGUGACGGAAAAAGUAAAAAGUCACAAAAUGAAAGCACAAGUGGCUGUGGCGAUGCAGCUAGUAACGCAAGUGGAUCGGAAUUUGUCAACUGCGAUGCCACGAGCGGUUGCGAUAUUGACAAAGGAUUUAAGUUGACCGGAAGAGGGGGAAGUGAACGUCGUAUAUUAGGAAUAAAAAGCAUUAUAUCCAGCAGGAAGAACAGUCUGAAUCGAUCAUCAAUUAAAUCAGAAUCAAGAAGCAGAAAGAAUGAUCCUGAAAAUGUGAAAAAAGAUAAUCAUGAUCAUAAAGUAUCUGGUGAAGUUGACGAAAAUGAUUAUGAUGAUUAUGAUAAUAGUGUCUCGCAAAAUUCUCAAAGUGGUAUUUCCAUAACAUUGGGAUCUGGGAUUAAAGGAUCCAAAAGCUUAGGCGAUAUUUCCAGUAAUUCUCAUUCAUGCUCCAAAUAUUUAGUAGAAAAUCUCAAUCGCUCUGGCAAGAGUCCAACAUCAUCAUCUUCAGCAAUACAAAAAUCAACCAAAACAAAAACAGGAAAAACAGGGACAGCACUCAAUGCUGAUUCGAUUAUUCCUUCUUCUCAUAAUGAUAUGCCAAUUUCGUCCAUUGAUACCACAGCUAUUUGUAAAUAUGCUAAAUCAAGAUAUCGAUCAAUUGAAGGUAACAGCAACACCAGAUGGACUGGAUCACAGCGAAUGCCAAGUAUGUCACCUCCAGUAAAACGAAGAUCCAAAUGGAUAAAAAUGAGAAAGGUUUUUGCCAAUGCUAGUGAAGGUGUUCCUAGAUCAGCUAAUGCCUCUCUUGAGUUGAAUUCAACAAAUAUUCAAUCAGUACCAGCAAGUCCAAUGUCAUCUGAUACUUCUUUUAACUAUGUUAUGGCAUGGAAUGAGAAUGAAACUGGAUCAGGUGAAGAUGGAGAUGGAGAAACAGCAAAUGGUUAUGAAGAGGUUUUUGAUGCUGAAGGAAGAUCGAAAGAAAUGGACAGAAGCGAUGAUGGUGAAUGCGAAAAGGACGAUGAUUAUAUGCUUCCUUUAAGUGAAUCAGCUACAGAGCCAGUACUUAAUUUAGUCCAGGAGCUUCAGCGCAAUUUAAGUGAAGAUUUCAGGAAAAAAAUUGAAGAAUGGGAAAAAAUUAAGUCAGGAGAUGUUUUAGGAGUAGGAAGUGGUGCCGAUGGCUUUGGAUUGGGAGGCUCAUCGACUAGAAUGCCAGUUGCUGCUAAAGUUGAACGAAAAACCUCGCUGCCAAAAUUAAAGAAACGAAAGUCAGAUCGAAAACUUGAAAAAUAUCGAGCUAAAUAUAAAGAUCUUAAUUGGGUUGAAAAAGAGCUAACACGAGCUAAUAAAGAGAAGGAAAAACUCGACCGUGAACGAACCAAAUUUGAGGAGCGAAUCAAAGUUUUACAAAAAUGUAAAGAAGAUGCUUUAGCAACUGAAAAGGGGACCAAAAAAGAAGUAUUUGUAAGAACUUCAGAAGGGGAAUUCCGUUUUGAAGGAAUAACAGAUGAUUUUACCAAGAAACUUUAUGAAUGGGAAACAAAAAAAGGGUUAUGUCCAGAAGCAUCAAUUAUGACUUUACUUGAUUCCAGUCCAGGUCCUAGUUCAUGUACAACUCUUGGUUCACCGCCCUCUUUGGAAGCAUCACUAUUUGAUCAGGAAAAGUCACAGAUGCGCUCUUCAUCUACAGGAAGACACCAAACACGACAUCCUUUGAAUAGAUGCAUUUCCAGGUCUGAAAGCUCACUAUUGGAUCCAUUGAGUAGUGAAAAUGGAUUAACAUCAGCUAUCAAUAAAGAUCAAAAUAGUAAAAUAACCAGCACUUCAUUGCCAUCACUUCAGCAGGUUGAUCCUUGUUCAGAGUAUGAGUCUGUUUUACUACCAGCUGGAGUAACAGAAGACAUAGAUUCAAGACGAGCCCACUUGAUUCGUCAACAGCAACAAGUUGCUCGUCAAUUAUUCAAUUUAGAAUCGUCGUCCGAAUUUCAACCAGCCACAAUUCCAGUAUGGGGCGAUGGGGAAAAGUGUAUGGUAACGGUAAACCCAGAUGGGUCAACAAUUAUUGUUGGCUCUAAACAAGACAUUUACGAGAUGACCAAAGAGAUACUUGGAGAAGCCGGAGAUGAGGGUUACAUUUCACUUUUAGAGGCCAAUAUGUUUUUGUUAGAAAAAUUAAAUGCCAAAGAGGACGUUUGCCGCAAUUUAGAGAUGCAAUUAAAACAAUUAGAUUCAAAAAUGGAUGAAAUGAAUGAGAAACAUCGAAAAGAAAUGGAAAAAUAUCGUGAAAAACUGUGGGAAAUUCAUGGAAACAAAUCAAACAACACUAAGGAAUCAAAUAAAGUAAUUUGUGAACUGAAGGAUCGAGUUGAAAAGCUUCAGCUAUGCAGUGAACGACUUAAAGCUGAUAAAGAAGCUUUAGAAGAUAGCUUCCAAUAUCACAGUGAACAACAAGCGAAACUGGCAAUUGAAUUAAUUGGUAAAAUGCGAAAUCUUCAAGAGAUUAGUGUUCAAGCUGAAUGUGAUACAGCAGAUGAUAAACAUGAAACAGGAAAAAGAACCAAAAGUGUUUUAAAAUGCUGUCCAGAGAAUGUGAUAAAGCUCCAUGAUCUCUCUACUAGUUUAUUAGAAAAGGCGCGGGAAUUGGAAUUAGCUUUGGUUGAGAGAACGAAACAAAUCUGCCGAUUACGCUGGGAACUAUUGAACCGAGAAGUUUCAGCUAUGAAAAUGAAAACAGAACUACAUUCAACGCAGUUACAAGAUGGAAAUCGAACAAUUAAUGUACCAACAGCAAACAUUAAACGUACACAAUAUGGACAACGAAGAUCUUGGUCAUCAAGUGAACGUUUAAAUUACAAACAAACCGGAAUCAAAGGAUAUCAUUCAGGUUUAGAUGUAGAUUCUUGGAUAAUCAGUGAAGAUUGGCCAAAGAUACAAAAGGAAACAAGUGAACUUAGUGAAACAGUACAACAACUCAAGAUGGAACUUCUCAAACUGGCUUCGCAAGCUCAAUCUCGAACGGGAAGCUCCUCAGAAUGUCUCGAUGAUGGUGAAAGGAUAAAAAUUGAGGGAAUGAAAGGUAUAAAGGAAUUAUUUACAUCAUCUCUGCCGACUGAUUUGAUGCCCAAUGAUUAUAGUGACACUAAAAAUAAUUAUUCUGAUGAAACCAAAUUUACCUCAAGACAUCAUCAGAAUUCAGGUGAUAAUAUCAGUAGCUUCAGUGGACCAGAAGGAAGUGAAAGUUCAAGUCUGAAUGACGCUGAAAGAACUUCGUAUGUUUUAAGGUUACCUCGUAAUAGAUGGCGACGAUCUCAUGAUAAUGUUUCCAGUUCUUCUGAGAGCUCAUUUAAGGACGAGGAAUCGUUUACAGUGGCAGAAUGGUGUCGACCUCGAACAAAUUCACAUUUUUCACGACGAACUAAAGUUUCCUCAGGGAAUAAUAAAAAAGGAAUUGAAGAGCAAGUAGGAAGUUUAGAAUCGCAAAAGUCAGAAGAGUUGACCAGAGAAAUGGUUUUAUCUUAUGGAAAUCAUUCCAUCUCACGGUCUAGUUCAGAGUUAACAGACCAGAGAAAUGAUUCAUGGGGAGAAUUGUAUAAACAUAGAUUGUUUUUCAAUCACUUCUCGGAAACAUCGUCAUCUACGCACAAUGAAGGAUUCGAAGAGAGUUCAUCAGCCUCAAUGAAUAACCCAUUUCAAUCUUACAAUUAUGAUACACCAGAUUCAACUCAAUCUAAUUUAAGAUCAUCGUCCUCAUCGGGCCAUGACCGUUACAUCGGUAUACCGAUGAUCGAUGAAGAUUAUCCUGGAGGUUCAAUUGGCGGUGGCUUAUCUGGAGGCCCCAAAGGCUCUGAAUUUCAAGUUAUUCCAGAAGGACAAGUAAUGUCCAUGGCUGGAGAAGAGCGAAGGCAUUCCGAGCCAUGUAGAAAGUUCAAAUAUUCCAUUCGAGCAGUGAACAGGAAUCUUGUCAGUAACUCAGCAAUAUCUAUUGCAGAAGGAAAGGAAGAUCAAUCACCGUCACCGAUAGUUUAUACAAUUCGUUUAUCGCCUUCACGAAUGGGAUCAAAAUGUACUGCUGAUCAAGAUGUUAAGAAUUAUGAAGACAUGGACGAAUUACUGGAAACACCCACAACUGAAUAUGUUCUAUGUGAACCAAAAGAGAAUAUAUUUUUUACUCGAAUUAAUAGAAAUCAUUCACCAUCACCGCCACCAAAGACAUCUUCAAAUCAAGAAACCCUUGAUUCAUUUAGUCAAAAAUCUGAAUCGAGACUGGGAAAUGUGGAAAAUAUUUCAACCAACAGUCUUACAAGUACAUGUAAAAGUGAUUUUUUGGAGCCAUUAUCCAAUGUUAGCCAAGAUAACAGAUCACCGUCUUCGACAUCGUUGACUUCUCUUGGAUCAGAAAGAAGUAUUGUUAAAUCUCGAACUAGUCAAGAUUCGCAAGUGAGUUUAAAGGAAAAGGAUUCAUCAGAAAUCACUAGGUCAUCAAGUAAAAGCUCUCUAACAUCAAAAGUCGCCUCUUUUAUUAAUAGAAGAUCAAGAAGUAAAAGUAGAACUCGAAGUGAAUCUAAUAAGCAAUCGGCUAUUGGAGCUCUUUGUAGGCAGAGUUUGGCUUUAACUGUUGACCCGAAAAACAUGAACGAGACAAAAAUACUGAAUUAUUCAAAUGUAAUUGUUACAGAGGCUUUAAAAGCAGCUGCUUCAACAGCUACUGCUACCAUUUCAAUGGCACCUUCAAUAUCAUCAUUGUCAUUGCUACCGUUAUCUUCCAAUGAAUAUGCUGCUUCAACGUAUCAACAAUUUCAAUCAGAUCAUAAAUAAAACUCACAACUUGUCAGAUAUUAAAUAAUUUUUAGCUAAUGAAACAUUCCUUCAAGUUACAUGGCUAGUCUGAUUGAUUAGAAAACCAAUUUGAAGUUAAUUAUAGACCUGGAUUAAUGAAUACUGAUGUUGAUUAUCUAGCGAUGAAUCAAGCGGAUAUUUUAAAAAAGACGAAAUUCAUACCGAUCUUAAUCCAUAUCAUUUGAAGUAACUAUCUUCACAUGAAGUCAAAAGGAUAUGGGCACGAUUUAGAAAGCAAAGGAAGACAUAUUUUGAAAAUUCCAGAAUGCUACGAAAAAGAUGGUUAUUUCAACACAAACCAGAUGGAAUCUUAUGGAUAAAUCAACAAAUUUGGAUUUUAAGGCCAAGGAAAAUGAUUUGGUCUGUUCUGAUCUUACUUGGCCCUUUUAUCUUUUUUCAUAUCUUGUAAUAAGUUUAAUGUAACUGUUAAAUUAUUUAUUUUCGUCCUGUUUCCUUAUCAAAUCUAUCGACAUCUCUAAUAAAUUAUAUGCCAAUAGAUAUUUAA